GGCACGGCACGGCGGGAUGCAGCAUCUCCAACACCGGGACGGAUCUCUGCUGCAAUGGUAAGUGCCUUCCUCCGGCCUCUCCCGGGCUGGGGAGCCGCUCUGCUCGGGGAUGCCCGAGAGCCGCUUUCUUGCAGCCGGCUCGUCUCGGAGUGACAGUGAUUUAUCGGCUUCUCCCCGAUUUUCCCCAUGUCCUGAGAGUGCUUCUUUUGGGGAGGGGAGGUGGGGGGGGGGAACGGCACGCAGGCUCUCUGCCUCCAGCCAGGCUCCGAGAAUGCGGCCGCGAGAUAGAUGGGUUUCUUUCGGAACGAAUAAAUCUCCCUUUGCAAGCGGUGACAGGUUAACGUGCUUGGUAUGGGGAUCACGUCUGAUUUUAACACAAUAUGGCUGGUAAAUAAAACCUGAUUGCUAACAGACCCGUUGCUGCUGUUGGCAUUUGCAGGCUCUAGGCUACCUUUGCAGUUCUGCAUCUUCACCUGCCACACAAACUCCCAUUCACCCUUCAGCCGGUGCACCAGGACUUCUCUGUUUUUACUGCGGGGUCGUAGUAAAAAAUGCUGAUAAUGUGCCUUUGACCUCUGCUUGCAUGCCUCUGGGCACUUCUCCUUAUCAGCAUUGGAACAGCUGGCUCUAAUACCAAUUUUAUGCACAGCACAUCUUAAGGGAGAGGGGUAGGCAGACUUCUUGCAUGCAAGCAGUUCAGGUAUGUGCUGGAAUCUGGAGAGUUUCCUGCCAGGGAGAGGAGGAUAAUGCAGUGUGGUGGUCAGGCGUGGAAAAUGCAUGAAAAAAGAGAGAGACAGAUGUGUUUGGAGACGUAGUGGUGUUUAUGGCGAGAUGAUCCAUCCCACUGACAUAGAAGUACAUUGGGAAGAACUCCCUGGAAGUCAGUAGCUUUCCUCUGCAUCUGAUCUGCUGGUAAACAGGACCUGGCCCUUAACGUGAAGCAUUCAUCGGAAUAGCUUUGUAGAGAUUUGAGUCUUGACGUGAAGACACUGACAAGAAGAUCUUCAGAGAGCGUGUGCUUCAGCCCUAAUUAGCUGUGUUAAAAAAGCUAAGCUUGACUAAAAAUCAAAAUCAAGAGACAAAGAUGGCCAUCUGUUGGAAGAGCUGCUUCUUCACUCUCAUAUUGCUUCCCAUGGUUACAGCAACACAUUCCAACUGCAUAAUUAAAAAGGAGCAAGAAACCUGUCUGGAGAAAAUACGGAGGGCAGCUGCCCUGAACCCUCUUAAUGACUCUACUCCAGGUUGCCCAGGAAUGUGGGACAAUAUUACAUGCUGGAAACCUGCAAGUGUGGGUGAAAUUGUCUUUGUCAAGUGUCCUGCGCUGUUCAGAUUUAUCAUCUCUGAAGAUGGUUGGGAAGUAGACAACUUGGGGCAAACUCAUGCAGGUGAUUAUGACCUGCUGGAAAGCACAGCCGAGACUCCCCUAGGGGACAUCAGCAGAAAUUGCACUGAAGAUGGCUGGUCUGAACCUUUUCCUCAUUAUUAUGAUGCCUGUGGCUUUGAUGAAAAUGAAACAGAGUCAGACAACCAGGAUUACUACUAUCUAUCUGUGAAGGCGUUGUACACAGUUGGAUACAGCACGUCUCUCGUUUCGCUCACCACCGCCAUGGUGAUCCUGUGUCGUUUCAGGAAGCUUCACUGCACUCGGAACUUUAUUCACAUGAACCUCUUUGUUUCAUUCAUCCUACGUGCAAUAUCAGUAUUCAUUAAAGAUGGGGUUCUUUAUGCUGAGCAAGAUGGCAACCACUGUUUUAUCUCCACUGUGGAAUGCAAAGCAGUGAUGGUGUUUUUUCACUACUGUGUCAUGUCCAACUACUUCUGGCUGUUCAUUGAGGGAUUGUACCUUUUCACGUUAUUGGUAGAAACCUUUUUCCCAGAGAGGAGGUAUUUCUACUGGUACACCAUUAUUGGCUGGGGCACCCCGACAAUUUGUGUCACUGUCUGGGCAGUGCUGAGGCUUCACUUUGAUGAUACUGGCUGCUGGGACAUGAAUGACAACACUGCCUUGUGGUGGGUGAUCAAGGGUCCUGUGGUUGGGUCAAUCAUGAUAAACUUUGUGCUUUUUAUUGGCAUCAUUGUGAUACUUGUGCAGAAACUCCAGUCACCUGAUAUUGGAGGCAAUGAAUCCAGCAUUUAUUUCAGCUGCGUUCAGAAAUGCUACUGUAAACCUAAGAGGGCUAACCAGCACUCUUGCAAGAUGUCAGAACUAUCAACCAUUACCCUGAGAUUGGCUCGCUCUACACUACUGCUUAUCCCCUUGUUUGGAAUUCACUACACGGUGUUUGCUUUUUCUCCGGAAAAUGUCAGUAAGCGGGAGAGACUUGUGUUUGAAUUGGGACUGGGAUCUUUCCAGGGUUUUGUUGUUGCUGUUCUCUAUUGUUUCUUGAACGGGGAGUUUCUCCCUAAAGGUGCAAUCAGAAAUAAAGAGAAAAUGGAGGAGCUGGAAAGUCAACCGGUAUUUUGCUGUGGAUUUCAAACAUCGUCAUCCUUCUCUAGCGAGCAGCGGAGUGAACGGGGGGACACAACUCUCCAUUCUGAGCAAGAGCAGCUCUCAGAUUCGGAUGUCCAGCAUAAAUGCGGAGAAUCUAGCGACAUGAGCAGCUAAGGAAAACAAAUCAAUCAACAAGCAAACCAAAAACCAUCACUUUAAAAAGAAAACAAAAAAAAUAAACAUCAUUUUGGUGGUGGUGUAGGCUUCCUUCCCUUCCCUUCCCUUCCCUUCCCUUCCCUUCCCUUCCCUUCCCUUCCCUUCCCUUCCCUUCCCUUCCCUUCCCUUCCCUUCCCUUCCCUUCCCUUCCCUUCCCUUCCCUUCCCUUCCCUUCCCUUCCCUUCCCUUCCCUUCCCUUCCCUUCCCUUCCCUUCCCUUCCCUUCCCUUCCCUUCCCUUCCCUUCCCUUCCCUUCCCUUCCCUUCUUUUACCUUCCCCAUUUCCCUUCCCCCUUUCCCUUUCCUUUUUCCUUUUCUUCCCCUUCCCCUUCCCCUUCCCCUUCCCCUUCCCCUUUCCCUUUCCUUACCUCCAGAACAUUCUUGAUGUUUGUAGAGGUGAAAAAAAGUGAAGGAAGUGUAUAUAUAUAUCUUUUUAACAAUCACUGUAAAUACACAACUGUACUCAAUGCCAUUAAUGGAAAAAUAUUUAAAAGAUAAAAACAGGCCAAGCCCACUUGCUCAGUGAUUUACAUUUCAGAGCAUCUGCAAGUAAUCUGUUGUCAGUCAAAAGUAACAAGUGAUUGCUGUGCAGUUUUGAUCUUCGGUUGCCAAACUGAUCCUAAUCCGUGAAUGGACAUAAUGGUUAUUUUUCAAACUGAUUUUCAUUUAGUUCUGUAUUUGCAUUCUUUUUUUCCUAGUUGAACAUAUCUCCGCCCAUCACCUGACUUUUGGCAUGUGAAUUUCCGCAGUGUUUCUUUUUUGAGUCUUAGGAUGGAGCUAACAUGCUUGAGUUAAUCAUACCAGCCCAUUCAUGAAGAACACACAGAACGUUAACUUUCGUGGUUGGAUUCAGUCAGACGUGCCCAGUGGGCUUAAAGGAACUGCUGUGCCAAUGUAAAGCUGUACAGCUGUCAUCAGCCAAUGGGGGAGCUCCAGGCAAGACCAAUGGGAUCAGCUGACUUUUUCCAUAUCCAGGGAUGCUUCUGAGAAUGCUUUAUGUUCUAGCUAAGCUGUGAGUUUUCUAAAAGGGCCAUGUAGUUGAGAUAUAUCUAUAUUUUUGGCAGUGGUUGACUGAGAGUUGAUUGAUGGGUUGACUGAAUUGUUUGAAUAAUAAAAAUAACCCCUCCUUCCCACCUUAAGAACAAAAGUCAGUUCCAAGACAGUGUUUCCCUCCAGAUAACCGUGAACCUUUUGCAUCCAUGUCCAAACACAGCAUGUUUUUAUGUAGUAUUGUCACGCGGUGUGGUGCCUUUGCAACCUGGUUGACUUCUGCGUGUCCUGGUUCUCCUCUGCAAGAGGCACAAGAGGCAUCUGGCGCGAUCAUCUUGGAAGGUAAAAGACUGCUUUUGCUGAGCAAUCGAACUGAACAAUAAGAUGCUAUGGAAAGAAAGGAUGAAGCCUUUGGAUGACUUCCCACAUCUGGCAUUUUCCCCUCUCUUUGGAUAAUUCAUUUGUUUAAACAUUGAUGUUCUUACUGUUUCUCUUUGAAAACCUAAAACGUUCGUUCCAACUUUGCCUUGUAGUUAAAGCCACAACUGGUGCACAUCUACUUCAGUCAAAUGUCAGUGAUGUCAAUUCUUAACAAGUCUUUAUACAGCUCAUAAAGGCUUUGAUAACCGUACUAGCUCUCUCUUCAUUUUGGAUUAAUGAACUGAUAUACAUAUAUAUAUCUAAAUAUAUAUAUGUGUGUGUAUGUAUAUGUGUGCAUAUAUUUAAAAAAAUGAAAACGAUAUUUUAAAUGUGAAGGUAUGAACUCGAACUAAUAGUAGCCAGGAAAUUUAAAAUUCAGGCUUGUUCUUUGGAGCCUGAUCAUGGAAAAAAAAAAUAAGAAAAGAGAAUGGUUCAGAAUGUUUCUAUGAGCUGAACUUUUAAUUUCUCUGUUUUUUCUUAGUUUGGGUAAAAAAGAAGUUUUAAUGUCAUUUUAAGUACAGGUUUUUAAGAAUAACAAUAGUUUCCUUAUUUUUUUAAAAGGAAAAAAAGGGCCAGAAAGUUGCAAAAGAAGUAUUAAUUAUAAUACUUAACUCUUACAUAGUGCUUUAUGGGACAUACUCUGCUCUUGCUUGUAGCAGAGUAAAUGAAUGUAAAAAUAAUUUGAAACAGGCAGAAAUGUUGAGAUUGACUUCACAUCAGUACAGGAUCAUACUCUUUUAAGAUGCUUAUGUUCCAGUCAGAUGAAAUCUACCCUGGCACGGAGGACCAGCAAAAAAAAAAAAAAAUCACUUUACUUACACUUGGAUGGGAGUUAGGUGGUACAAAUACCUUUUCUGCAAGUCUUGCUGCUCUGAGAGCAGAAUCUUUCCUCCUCUUCCAGACCAUGUGCAAAAAAUCUCUGAAGUAUUUUAACUGAUAGAUCAGAGUUUCUCGUCUCGUUAGAUUCUGCUAGAAGCAAUGUGACAGAGUUCUCCAGGAAACUCUUUGCGUGCCAGAAGGACAUUGAAGUGGGAGAGAAUAACUAAGUCAGAUCUAUCAGAGAAAUGAAUACUUGGGACUUGGGAAAUGAAUUAUGUAGUAUUAGACGAGCAGAUAAUAUUUAGUUUUGUAUUUUCUGCAGUAUGGCCUUUCACAAGGACUUAUAUUGACAGUACUGUGAGUGUAUUAUUAAAAAAAAAAAACAAAAAUCCUAAAAGUAUAUUUUGCAUGAAUAGCUGUUGGCUAAUUUUCAAGCAUUAAUAAAUUCAAAACUUUGGGGGGGAAGAAAAGAAAUUAAAUAACUGUCUCCGGUUGGAGAAUUUUUCCAUGUUUCAGUCCAUAGCAAGAAUGUGCAUUUUAUAAUUUUCAUUUUGAGUUUUAUCUUACUUUGUUUUAUAUUAUUUUAUUUGUUUGAAGCUUUCUCUGAGCUUCCUUUUAGAUUCUGCUGGUUUAUUUCCCAUUCUGCAGUGCUCUGAAAUUUGAGUUGGUGGAUCUCAGUCCAGUGCCUUAUGGGCAUGUGUCCACAACACCAAAACCACCUUUCGGUCACGCACAAUGGAGACCGGGUCCUCAGCUAUGUUAGAAUCAGUAUAGAAAAACACUGCUAGUGUUAGGACAAAGCCACUUCAAUUUGGCUUGGAGUAUGGCUUCAGGACAGUAUUACUGCUGUUAUUAUUGUUUUUGUAUUCUCAGCAAGAGAGGCCAAGGACUGAAUAGUCCCGAAGACUUAGACUUGUCCCUUACAGAGCUAAUGCUCUGGAGCAAGGCGAGUUGGAGGGCAGUGGAGAAGGAAAUUUCUGCCAUUGCAAUCCUUGUGUUUACCAUUCAUUGGACAAAUUGAAGUCUUUGGUACCUUUCACCAGCACUGAAUUUAUGAGAAGAACUGAUGUAUCUCUACAUUUCUAAUAUAUACUAUAUUAUACAAACAACCCCUUCUAUUAUGAUUUCUUUUUAUUCGAAGUAUUGAAAUGCUUGCAAAAGCUGUUCAUAGAAUCAAAGAAUGGCCUGGGUUGGAAAGGACCUCAGAGGUCAUCUAGUUUCAACCCCCCUGCCAUGGACAGGGUUGCCAACCAGUAGACCAGGCUGCCAGGAGCCACAUCCAGCCUGGCCUUGUUCCCCUUAGUCAGUCUGACUUCUUCAUUGUUACUGGAAAGAUCACGCUUCAGGUGUACAGAGUUAUCUAAACCAGGUUCUGAUGCCAUCGCACAAAUUGCUCUCUCAGAAACUUUUAUGUUGAAUGUAAGCUGAAAUGUUGGACGUGUGCAGCCAACCCUCACAGUGGCUGCCGUGUCUCUUCAUUCCAGAAUGGAAGAAACCCAAAAGUGGUUUGCUUCUAAGUGUCUGUAAAUAUCGAUUGAGUGUAACAGUGCUUUGUUUGAUUUCCACUGUGAAAUAUAUUUUGGAGCUAGAAAGGCAUAUGUUAUUAACAGUAUGUAAUUAAAAGAGAAACAAAAGUGUGCAGUGCUCCUUGAGCCAUUUUUUCUACCAUGUCCAUAAUGUAUUUCUAGUCUAAUUUACUUCAUUUUUGUAACUGUUCAAAAGCCUACUGUACUGCAUCUUUUGUGAGUAUUUACUGUUUGAUUAUUGACUUUUUGAUGUGGAGUGCUGAUAUGACAGAAAAAUUAACAUCCCAAAAUGAAAACCAAGAUGUGUGUUUCAAAAGGCUUGUUUCCUCGUUGCCUGGUGACCUCAGCUCUUUCUGCCUUCAUCUGUAUGUGUUCAGUUGUUGGUGUUUUUAUUUCAUACAAGAAAUAUACCCAAUUUACUCUGCUUUUAUGUAAGUACUUGUAUCUGAAAACCAGGUGUUAAAAUGUGGUGGUGGGAGAAGGGAGAAAGAUGCAAGCAGUUAAAUUCACUUGUACUUGGUGUCCAGCUCCUCCUUUUCAGCAGCUGUUCAUCAUAGAAACAAAACAAGUGUGGCAACAGCAUACUUAGUUCUACUUACUAUAUGACAGAAGUGGGCAGGAAGUGACUGGGCUGAUGAUUUGAGAUUACACCUGUAAAAAUGAAUUCUCCUUGGACUUUCUCCACCAUCAAUGGCAAGUAGGAAAAAACUUCCAGAUAGGGGUGUAGAGCAGCUCCUUAAACUCCUGCUCAGAGCACAACUGGGUUCUCAGUCCUCUUCAGAAGUAACAAGAGGGGUAUGGAUCAUCAGCCUUUGUGAAUUGACUUUUUUGCCCAAGAUCCAGCAGAGUUUUUACCAAUUAAUAUGAUAACUGAUAUAUUGGUGAUAGAGAAAUGGAUUUCAAAGUGCUUCAGAGCCCAGGGAAAUGAGUUGAACAGAUUUUUUUUCAGGCCACUUUCUGUUUCCAGAUACAUUCAUGCCAGCUGGAGCGAUUAUAUUUUGGCCAGUAUAGAUUGUUAGAGAAUCACCGAAUUGUAGGGGUUGGAAGGGACCUCUGGAGAUCUUCUAGUCCAACCCUCCAUAAAGCAGUUCCCUUAAGGAAGUUGCAUGGAUUGGUGUCCAGACGGGUCUUGAAUAUCUCCUGAGAAGGAGACUUCACCACCUCUCUGGGCAGCCUGUGCCAGUGCUCUGACACCCUCACAGUAAAGUUUUUCCUCACAUUCGUAUGGAAUUUCCUGUGUUCCAGUUUAUGCCCAUUGCUCUUUGUUCAAUCACUGGGCAGCGCUGAAAAGAGCCUGGUCCCAUCCAUUUGAUCCCCACCCUUCAGAUACUGAUCAGAACUGAUCAGAUCCCUCUCAACCUUCUCUAGGUGCACAGCGCCAGGGCUAUCAGCCUAGCCCCAACAGGAGAUGCUCCAGGCCCCCACCAUCUUUGCAGCCCUUCACUGGCCUCUCUCCAACAGUUCCCAGUCCACCUGGAACUGGGGAGCCCAGCACUGGGUGCAGUGCUCCAGAUAUGGCCUCCUCAAGCAGAGCAGAGGGGAGAAUCACCUUCCUUGCCCUGCUGGCCAUGCUCUGUAUAAUGCAGCCUGGGAACCAUGGACCUUCUUGGCCACCAGGGCACACUGCAUAGUCACGAUCAACCACUGGUCAACCACUGGUCAAUGUUUCGUCAACUGUUGGUCAACCAUUGGUCAACCAGGGUACCAUUGGCCUUCUUGGCCACCAGGGCACAUUGCUGGCUUGUGGUAAACUGUUGGCCAGCUGCACGUCCACAUCUUUCUCUUUUUGGCACUGUAUCAACCUUCCCUUUUAAAAUUCAGUAACCAUUUUAUUUUUCUCACCUUCCACACUCACUGGAAAGUUAUUGUAAAACUGGCAGUGAGAAGCAUUUUUCUAAUUUCCAAAUUGAAAUAACUCAUGGCUUGCUUUUUCUCUUCUUCAAACUAGUUUUGCCUCCAGUUCAUUUCACCCUCCCUUAAAUAUGAACAGCUUUAUUUCACAUGAAGUCAUAGGAUCACAGAAUGGCGUGGGUUGGAAGGGACCUCAAAAGUCAUCUGAUUGCAACCCCCCUGCUGUGGAGAGGGUUGCCAACCUCUAGAUCAGACUGCUCAGGAACUCAUCAAGCCUGUUGGUUUAAAUUAUUUCUCAAUAGUGUUUCAGAGAUAAUUGCUUAUGGCAGUAGUUGUCUGUCAGUGGAGAUUUCAGAGUCUAUAGACUGUUAAUGAAGUGUCAGUGGAGGAUCAUUAAGGAAUAUAAAUUCAUAUGUUAUAUAUAGCAAUAGAAGUUUGUAAGGUUUCUGAAGGACCUUUGUCUUACCUGUGAUUAUUUAAAGGCUCCCACAGACAAAAAAGAAGAGAUUGGAAACCUGCAGAAAGCUGAUGGUGAGUUAUUAUGAGCUGUUUUCCUUGCACAAGUCCACAGGACUGUAUUGAGUUUCUCAGCUUUCUGCAUAUAGCACCAUUCAGUCUAUGAUGAACUCCUCAGUCCCUCCCAUUUGAAAUAUACUGUCAAAAACAGUGGUGGAGAAGAGCUGGCAAGGAGAGCAUGACUACUGUUAGUCAUCUCUAAUCACAGGGAGUAUUAAAUCCUACUGUUGUUCAACAAAUUGAACUUCUCCCCACUUUGACUACGUGAUUUCAAGUUACUAAGACUUUCUUUUCCAGUCUUGAGGUUUGAUCCUAUGAACAAACUUCCAUAGAAAUUAGAGUAUAUAAGAUCAUUUGCUCUCUGUCUGAUUUUGGUCAUGUAAUAUGCAUUUCUGUGCCCAGAAAAAAAAAUAAUGGCAUAUAGUACACAUGCAGUGAAAAAAAGAUAGCGUUUUACCCUUUUUAGGAGUUGGGCACUUGCAGGCUGUUCAGAGUUGUAUUUAGAGUAAUGUUGAGAAGAUACGGAGUGUGAGAUAAUAGUUAAUGAUGAUCUGAUGGCAAAUUCCAUGCAUAUCUGUAGUAAAAAACUACAUUUGGCUAAAUACACAUUGUACUUUGUGUAUGGAAACUCACCAGCAGAGCUUAAACAAUGUUUUGAACCUUGUGAUCCUUUCUUAUGAUUAAUAUCGCAAAUUCCCAUUGGCUUUCUUCUGGGGAAUUCAUCCACGUGAAGAAUUACUGUGUGAUAUGACAUCGUGUGACACUCUUCGGUGUCUGAAAUGACUUAGGCUUCCAGAAUAUGCCUUUUCCUUUGGACUUUGUCCUUGCAGAAGAGUCUGAAGAGGCCUUUGUAUACCAAUAUAUUCUGUAAAAACAAAUACUUAGCGUGUUCAUUCUUAUCCCCUUCUUUUUGUCAAUUUAGUGGCAACAAAACAUCCCAUAGCUCUGAGAUCUUAUCAUAUGGAAAGUUGUAUUUUGGCUUUUGACUAUGUCAAGGUACAAAUGUACUGGCCUGUUGGGUCUAAUACUUAUCUUUUUGGGGGUCAAAACUGGUUUAACUGGUAAUGGGAUCUGGGGUUAUUCAGCUUUGUUACAAGGUGGAAACACAUUUAUCAAUUGCUGGUUUCUAGCAUUUUUUUUUGUGUGUUCUGAGAAAUUGUUUUUAACAUGUAAACUGCUGUAGAUGACACAAUAAAUGUAUUAUCAUUUUGUAUAA